AGCGCCGCAUCGAAUAAAGACGAGCUUAAAUUGUUGGUUUUGUUUUAGGUUUCGCUUGGGAUUAUAUAUGCACAUGAGCAUGCAGCACAUCGGGAUAUAUAUAUCUUCCACUACUGAUCGCUGCUCAUGUCGCAAUUAUUGCAUUUCGUCAUAACAAACUAGGUUCUAAUUUAUUACAAAAGACCACACCCGCAUCGAUAUAAACAUGGGUCGCUGUUUUAAUUACAAAUUCGUGCUCAAUUUAUGCAACUUCUUGUUUUUGAUCUGCGGCUUGCUGCUGAUCGUUUCUGGCUUGUACAUAUUUUCCGACCAUAAGCGUAUUCUGCUCUCCAGACUCUUGGCUUCAUCCAGUGAUCGAUUGAGUUCACUUCCGCAGCCUUUGCUUUUUUAUAUCGCACUGGGCGUGGCAAUCGCGGGAUUUGUGGCCAUUCUAGCUGCUGUUGUGGGUUUUUGGGCCAGCUGCCUUCACACCUACUGCUUUUUGACCAUUUACUUCCUGAGUGUUGUGGUGCUCCUUCUUACCGAAUCGGUUUUAUGCCUUGCCAUAACCCUUUGGCCACAUUGCCUGGGAAUCAGCUUGGAUGAGGGUCAAAUGGUGAGAUCUUUGCAAAGCAAUUAUGGAGUUCCGGGACAGGAACAGUUCACCAAUGCCAUGGAUUUGGCACAGGCUCGUUUUGGCUGCUGUGGAAUGAGGAGUUCACUGGACUACGAUACUUCAUUGUGGCGUUUGCAGGGAUUUGGACAGAGGAAUUUCCCGGUGCCUCUCAGUUGCUGCAUACUAGAUAAUUCGAAAGAUACCUUGGCUUAUCUUGAUCCAAAACCAGCUAAUGAAUCCUUGUGCCAGUCAAUCGAUCGAAUGUCCUAUGAAAGGGAACGCAACACGGAGUCCUGUCUUCCACAUUUGGACAAUUGGUACCGGGAGCAAUAUGGCAUCUUUCUUGGCGGCAGUCUGAUUUUGGCCAUUGUUGAGUUCUGUGUUCUACUGGCAAUUAUCAUGAGCUGUACCGGAUUGGCUUCACAACGGGCUAGGCUAAAGAAACCAACUCCAGAAGUGAGAGUUCAAAAGGUGAAGAAGCGACAAACUCUGAUUGAAAACAUAUACGAACCCGAGGUUGAACUUAGGGAAAAUUCAAACCACAUAUUGGAUGGAAUAUAUAUGGGAGCAGCUAGCCGGCAUGUCAGCAGUGAGGAUUUUAAGGACAUAUAUAUCAAGCCGAGAGACUUAUACAAACAGCAUCAUAUUGUGACAGGAAAGCCAAUCAAUGUCGACCGUCCAACACAAAUGAGAAAUUUUUUGGUUUAGGUUUACUUUGACCCCAAAAAUUGGAAAUAAUGUGUAGGAAUUGUUUCCAAUUUUGAAAGGGUUUAGUGUUAAUUUAUAUUCUAUUAUAUUUAUCAUGUAUUCAUUUGCACAAGUGAUAUAUUACAUUUUUAAAAGUGAUUCAACAAAAAUACAUAAGUGCUCAUUUUUACAUUCGCGAUUAAGGCUCGCCAAGAAUCAAAAAGUA